CGAAGUUGACGGUGAAUAUAGUAUCUUCCUACAUUAAUUCUCUUUCAGAUAUUACGUCAUUGAGUUUGUAUCAAUCUUUCAUUUCAAAUGAUUGGCAAGAUAAUUCCCUCGGUGAAGCAGCAGCGAAGACUGGAUCCUCAUGGUCGGUUGAAAUUCCAGCUGCGGUCGUUCCAUACAGAUUGGAAUGCAAAUGUCGACUUUUUCCGCUACACAAGAGGCCGCUUUGUGUCCAAUGAAGAGCACGAAAUGGCGAUACGUCAUGUUAGAUUCAAUAUGACCGAGCUGGCAAGGCUUGCUGCCGAAUCGGUUGGCUGUUCUCUUGCACAAUGCGCUCGCAUCGAGAAGUUUCCAGAUGGAAUGUUCAAUAAAUGUUUUCUUUUCAUAAUGCAAGACGGCCGAGAAGUCGUGGGCAAAGUACCGAACCCAAAUGCUGGGCGAGCUCACUAUACUACUGCCAGCGAAGUGGCCACGAUGGAUUUUGUUCGAAAUGAGCUGUGUACUCCAGUGCCCAAAGUCUUAGCCUGGAGUUCUAGAGCAAACAAAACCCCUGUUGGCGCCGAAUAUAUCAUAAUGGAGAAAGUAGCAGGAGUUCAGCUUAAUGAACUUUGGCCAAAACUUGAUAUCAGGGACAAGUUUGCAGUCGUUAAAGCAAUUACCGGCUUCCAAAAAGCCUGGAUGUCGACUUCUUUUACUCCGUAUGGGAGCCUUUACUACGCAUCCGACUUGGGUAGCAACGAUAGCUGCAUUCUUGUGAAACCGAAUGGAUCUGAAGUCAAAGAGCAUCGCUUUGCUGUCGGCCCGUCAACAGGCCGUGAGUUCCUCGAUGACGGUCGGAUCGCAUUAGAUUUUGAUCGAGGCCCUUGGAAUAGCGCGGAGCAAUAUAAGUUGGCAGUCGGUCUUCGAGAGAUAUUCUGUGUGCGAGAAAUGGACCAACUCCCCCGGUCGCCGCUAUCGCUAUAUGGCCCUGGCACAUACAGCCCUUCUCGUCCCAAGAAAAUAGCCGCUCUUCAAAAUUAUCUUCGUCUUGUUAAAUAUCUUCUGCCUUUGGAAAGGUCAUUUUCAUCUGUCUGUUUGUGGCACCCCGAUCUCCACGCUGAGAAUAUUUUCGUGAAUCCUAAGAAGCCCUCGGAAGUGCUGGGCAUUAUAGAUUGGCAAUCAUGCGAAGUAUUGCCGCUCUUUGACCAUGCUCGUCAGCCAUACUUUCUUGAUUACGAUGGCCCGUUGACAGGUCUUGAUCCCCCGACAUUCCCGGAGAAUUUUGAUCAACUUGAUGCUGCGGAGCAAGCUGCGGCCCAGAGCCUGUACUUGCAAAUGUCACUCUCCGCUUUAUAUCGAAGGUUCCUGUUCACCAAUAACAAACCAUUAUUCGAUGCCAUGGAGUUUCGAUGGUCCACGAGUUUUGAACUGAUGCUACUUGCCCAGAAUCUUCUUGUUGACGGGGGGGCUUUAUACCGAUCCAGAUUGCUGGAUCUAGAGAAAGAGUGGCCUAGCCUCCCGGGCGUUCAGGCUGCUGGAAUACCGUCGAUUCCGUUUCACUUUUGUACUGACGAGGCCAAUUUAAUCGAGCAAGAUGCUGCGGGUGCAAUAAAAGCCAUGGAGUUAAUGCAGCGGUUGAAAAGGUCGUUGGGCCAGCUGUGGCCUGAGAAAGGAGUUGUGCAGCCGGAUCAACAUGAUGAAGUCAAAAACCAUUUAAACAAAGCUAAGAUGGAAAUUUUUGAUCGGCUCGCACUUUCGCAUGCGGACCAAACCGCGUGGAAUAAAUCAUGGCCAUUUGAUGGCUAA